AUGGGGUGGAGUCAGUCAAUGGAUGAUAUCCUUCUAUAUGGUGACGAGAUAUCCUUCUAUAUAGUGACGAGUGACAAUCAUGUCGAGAUAACCUUAACGGCUAUUGUUAAUUUCUCAAUCGAAAACCAAAUUGUGAAGAUGAAGCUUCCAUGUGAAUUGGUGGAAGAGAUACUCUACCGUGUUCCUCCUCUAUCUCUUCUCCGAUGCAAAACCGUUUGCAAACAGUGGAACACACUUUUAAACCACUUGUCUCUCGUCCGUCCUCAACUCCUUAUAUGGACUGGUCCCAAGAUUUAUUCGGUAGGCGUCAGUCUCAAAGAUGAUCCAAAGAUAGACAUACGCGAGUUACCCGUAGAUAAUCCUUAUUUGAAGAAUAAUAACAAUCCUAUACCUUACAACUUCCUUCCUAGCGAUGGCUUAUUGUUUUGUGUCCCUCGUUGGGGGAAUAUCAAUAGAGUCGUUGUUUGGAACCCGUGGUUAAGACAGACUAGAUUGAUCGUGCCCCAAGAAAACUGUUUUACGUUUGGUGGUAUAGGGUAUGAUAGUGGUAGACCCGAAAAGGGUUACAAGGUCUUUGGAUAUCGUUUUCUUGAUCGAAAACUAAAUAACGGUAAAGUUCAAGUAUACCGAAGACUUGCCAUCUACAAGUUCGAAACCAAUGAGUGGAAGUAUAUUGAUUCAAUGAAUGAAGAUGAGAGCUCCCAAAUUGGCAUUGGAAUCUCGUUUGAUAAGAAUGUGUCUUUGAAUGGAAAUUUGUAUUGGAUUGCUUAUAAUGUCAAGACUGGUGAGUAUCUCAUUCGAUGUUUUGAUUUUUCGAAGGAGACAAUUAAACUCUUCUGCGUUCUACCGUGGAAAGAUGAUUCUUCUGAUGUACCAAUCCUCUCAGCUUAUAGGAGAGAUCGGUUUUCAGUGUUGAAACAAUUCAAUGAAACAAACAAGAUCGAGAUAUGGGUAACAGAAAACAAGAUUAGUGGAGAUGGAGCUAAUGUGGUGUGGAUGAAGUUCAUGACAGUUUCAAUACCUUUUGAUAAGGAUUUUUGUCCAAGUUACUUUAUUGAUAAUAAUACAUACGGAAAGAGCCUCGUUAUGUGUUGUAAGGAUGAAGAUAAAAAUGCUUGCAUAUAUGUUGUGAAGGGCAAUGCGUCCACGAAGAUUCCAAUAGGUUUUGAUGUCUAUGAGGUUUGUCAACGUUUCCAUGUCCCCAGUUUGAUUCCAGUUCCUUGAUACACUUCAUUUAUAUGUUAUG